CAAUAUCAAAAUCAAGGCUCCGACACUUUAUUGAUUCUAGAAGAGUAACAAAGUCGUUGGAAACAAAAGGAGACUCAUUUAACAGACCCAGGUGGACCUCCGCUCUUUAUUAGAGAACGGCAUCGACGAUACAUUUGUUGAGUCAAGUGCAGGGGCUUUGGUGUUUGGAGAUUUGACCUUUGAGUGGGGAUAAACGAGAUGUGGACUUUUUGGGGGAAAGGGCCAUCUGGAUUCUCUUCCUCUUCCACUGCAGAGGAGGUUACCCAGGGAAUCGAUGGGAUUGGUCUCACUGCUAUUGUUACAGGAGCAUCCAGUGGUAUAGGUGUGGAGACAGCUCGUGUUCUUGCAUUGCGUGGGGUGCAUGUAGUCAUGGCUGUUAUAAAUGUGGAGGCUGGUAAAAAUGUCAGAGAAACAAUACUCAAUGAAAACCCUUCUUCUAAGAUUGAUGUUAUGGAGUUAGAUCUCAGCUCAAUGGCUUCAGUCAGAAAAUUUGCAUCAGAGUACAUUUCCUUGGGACUUCCUCUGAAUCUCCUAAUAAACAAUGCAGGGAUAAUGGGAACUCCAUUUACACUUUCCCAAGAUGGAAUAGAACUGCAAUUUGCGACAAAUCAUUUAGGUCACUUUCUUUUGACAAGUUUAUUGUUGGAUGCCAUGAAAAACACAGCACAUCAAACCCAAAGAGAGGGCAGAAUUGUUAAUGUGUCCUCAGUGGUUCACAAAAGUACAUAUAGUGAAGGAAUUCGAUUUGAUAAAAUUAACGAUGAACCAAGCUACAUCCGUCUAAGUGCAUAUGGGCAAUCAAAGCUUUCUAAUAUUUUACAUGCUAAUGAGCUUACAAGGUGUCUGAAGGAAGCUGGGGUGGAGAUCACUGCUAAUUCACUUCAUCCUGGCGGAAUUCCAACCAAUCUUUUCCGUCACUACGGUUUUAUUAAUGGUAUUGUCAAAUUGAUCGGUAGAUUUGUGCUAAAAAAUGUUCAGCAGGGAGCGGCAACCACGUGUUAUGUGGCAUUACAUCCUCAAGUGAAGGGAGUAAGCGGAGAAUAUUUCGCGGACAGUAACAUCGCCGAGCCAAUCCCCAUGGCCAAAGAUGCAGCUUUGGCAAAAAAGUUAUGGGACUUCAGCUUGAGCUUGACCACCCCCAAGUAGUUGGAUUUGCUCUAAAAUUACAUCCCCCGACUGUUAUCAAAUUAAUCUAUACCUGAAAUAGAAAAUGAAAGUUUGGGCAUAGAUUGUGAAACAAUGAUAUAAUAAAUAGGUGUGCUAAUCAUGUAAUCAUAAACCAUGGUUAGUUGUGAAUAGGUGUGCUAAUCAUGUAAUCAUAAACCAUGGUUAGUUGUUUCAUGGUUCAGUGUCGGUACUGAAAUGCUUAUAAAAGGCAUGAUUAUAAGUAUUUCUGGUUUCUGGUGGAUGUUGAUGAGGCUCGUCCCAAAGCAGACACCAUCAAAACAGAUGGAAAAAUUGUUGUGUAUUACCCACUAAAUCCAAAACACAAAGAGGGACAGAAGAACUGA